CCCUAAUUCCCAUUGUUCUCACAUUUCUUGUGGUGCACCUAACAAAGUUACAAUGGGACGUGUGAUCCGUGCUCAGCGUAAGGGUGCAGGCUCCGUCUUCAAGUCCCACACACACCACCGCAAGGGUGCCGCCAGGUUCCGCAGCCUCGACUUCGGCGAACGAAACGGUUACCUCAAAGGCGUCGUCACUGACGUCAUCCACGACCCCGGUCGCGGUGCGCCACUCGCCAAAGUCACUUUCCGCCACCCUUUCAGGUACAAGAAGCAGAAUGAGCUUUUUGUUGCGGCGGAAGGAAUGUACACUGGACAGUUUGUGUAUUGUGGGAAGAAAGCGACGCUUGUUGUCGGUAAUGUGUUGCCUUUGAAAGCUAUUCCCGAAGGUGCUGUUAUAUGCAAUGUUGAGCAUCAUGUUGGUGACCGUGGCGUUUUCGCUAGGGCGUCUGGGGAUUAUGCUAUUGUUAUUAGUCAUAAUCCUGAUAACGAUACCUCUAGGAUCAAGCUUCCCUCUGGUUCAAAGAAAAUUGUUCCAAGUGACUGCAGAGCUAUGAUUGGUCAAGUUGCCGGUGGUGGGAGAACUGAGAAGCCUCUACUCAAAGCCGGUAAUGCAUACCACAAGUUCAGAGUAAAGAGGAAUUGCUGGCCUAAGGUUCGUGGUGUGGCUAUGAACCCAGUUGAGCAUCCUCACGGAGGUGGUAAUCACCAGCAUAUUGGACAUGCGAGUACCGUCAGGCGUGAUGCUCCCCCUGGGCAGAAGGUUGGUCUCAUUGCUGCCCGGAGGACAGGACGUCUUAGGGGACAAGCAGCUGCAACUGCUGCAAAGGCCGAUAAGGGUGCUUAAAAGGAUGGUUAGGAUUAUGUAUUGUGUUAUGUUUUCCAAUUUUGUUUAUUUGAUAGUAUGUCUUGAUAUUUUGAACCAUUUCCCCCAAUAUAUUGGACCAUGGAUAGACAGUAGUGCUUUAUAUUUGCUUAUGUUGUAUGUUCAAUUCUGUAGUUGGAAUUGGUUAUAUUGAUAUUGCAUUUUGAA